GGAAUACUGAAACACACCUAAAAUAUUAUAAAUUUAUAUUUUUUUCUGUGCUUUAAUAAAAUACAAAUAUGUCGUAUUUUCUUCAACCAACGGUGUUGAUCAUUAACUUUCAAAAAUUACGGUAACACUAAAAAUGGCACUUUGCGCCAGAAAAACUGCUCUACUCAAAGUACUGACUCCGGUUCUUCGUGGUAGACUGAACAGUCUACCCUUUUCAUCGUCUGGAAGCGGAAACAGCGAUGACAAUGACAGUAAAAAAUCGCAAAAUAAACUCAAUAAUCUGCACAGCUACGAAACGGUUGAUGAUACGGAUUCGCUCGUAAAAACCACAAUUAUCAAGCGUAAUUCGAUCUUGCAACAGCCAAAAACACCUGAAGAAAUUCUCGAGGAAGCCGCACAAACUAUCGCAAAUCGUGCACCAGAAGAGGAAACAAAGGACAAUUCUGAUUGGACAAGGUAUUCAGAUACUCACAAUAACGAAUGUUUAACCGACCAUAAAAGAAACGUUUACUGGGGUCAUGAUGGAAAGAAAAGUAUAGUCGGGUACGACAUUUUGCAAGAAUUAGAGGAAAGAUUAGAAGAAAUACUCUCCAAUGACAAAGAUGCGCCGAAAUCAGCUGAACAAGAUAAGAAAUCCGAGAAGGAAGAAAAUGAUAUGAAAAACCUGGGAAAAAUGAGUGCCACUUUAGAAGGUCUAAAUCGCCUGUUAAGUUUCUAUCUAUUCCGUUCCUCUUUAUUCCAUAAACAUUGGUAA